GAGAGAGAGAGAGAGACAGAGAGAAUAAGUGCGAGAAGAAUGAAACAUCAACAAUGUGGAGUUUGGAAUAAGAAGUGGACUCCUGCUCUGGCCGUGGAAAACCUGGGAUCUGAAUUUUAAAAGAAAGGAAGGACUUUUAAAAAGAGCCGAAGGAGGGAACAAGUCCCAGAAAAGAACCGAGGAACCGAAGGAGAGCAUCAGAACCCCAACGCCGAACAAACUCAUCAUCCCAUCUGCUGACAUCUGGACUGAAAUCACUCGAGCUUGCAGAACAAUUCCUGAAAGAUUCCUGGAAACGUUCCGAGUUUUUCUUCCUGAGUUCCCGUCUGCGCGCCUCCUCCUCCUCCCCCUCCUCCUCCUCUUCCUCCUCUUCCUCCAGCAGGAUGGCCGUGUCCCGAGGCUGCCUGUGCUGCGUCAAAUACCUCAUGUUCAUCUUCAACCUCAUCUUCUGGCUGGGUGGGUGUGGCCUGUUUGGUGUAGGGGUGUGGCUUUCCUUUCGUCAGGCUGAGAUCUCGUACCUCCCGCUGUCCUUCCCGUCGCUCUCCGUGGCCAACCUGCUGCUGGUCGCAGGGGGCGUUACCAUGGUGACGGGGUUCCUGGGCUGUCUGGGGGCUCUGAAGGAGCAGCGGUGUCUGCUGAUGACGUUUUUCGUGAUCCUCCUGCUUCUGUUCCUGACUGAAGCGGCGCUCGUCCUCAUGCUGGGGCUCUUCCACAAAGAGCUGGACCAGAAAGCGAAGGAGGACCUGAUCGAGGGCAUGAAGGAUUACGACACUAACCCCGGUCUGAAGAAGUCCUGGGACAGCAUGCAGAGAAUCUUCAAAUGCUGCGGCGUGAGCAACCACUCUGACUGGUACAACCGGACCACGGAGGGACCGCCCCCCGAGUCCUGCUGCAGAGAUCACAUCCCCCCCUGUCACCGCUGGGAAGAGCCGUGUUAUGAGAAGGCGAAGGCGUGGGUUCUGGACAACAUCACCUGGGUUCUGGGAUUCGGAGUGUGCCUCGGCAUUGUGCAGAUCCUGGCUCUGGCCUUCUCCAUGCUGAUGUACUGCCAAAUCCUGCGAGUGGAAAAGUACAUGGAAUGAUCCUGCGCUUUAAUAACGGAAGAAAACUCCGCUCGCAUCGGGACGCCAAAUUCAACAAACCCCUGUUUUUAAAACUCAUUCGCGUCCCACGUGUUCUUCAGCCGAACUUUUCUGCUUGUGUGUAAAGAUUAUUAACGUCGAUUUCCACGCAGGUGUAAACAUCCAGUCAGGUGAAGUGGUUUACUCCAAUACUGCACGUUUUACUCUUUAAUAAACUGCAUGUACUGAUGACGUGUAGGACUUGUGGUGUUGAAGAGGACUUUAAAGACUCUGUAGGUUGCUGUUUUACUGUCUAAUAAAGUCUAAUCAAAUAUUAA